AAGUAGGCGGGCCUGCUUUUCCAUAUAUGGUGAAAUAAGGACGACAUGUUGGUUGGAGCUGUAAAAGUAUGUCACUGGUGAACAUGUAACGAAGUUUGUAUGACACGUGGCAUGCGUAGAACUCUCUUCAUCGCGAGACUGGUGAAACUUCUAACAUCCUUGUGUUAAGACUAAGUGGAUCUUAAGCACGUUUAUUAUUAUCAGACAACAUCAUGGCCACUCACGAGCAGACACUUGAACGAGACCUUGGUCGUCUCAACAUCGUUAACUACACUCCUCAACAAUACUCGGCUACAAGGGGUAAGAAGAUUGCCCCUGUUGUUCCUCCGAAGCCAAAGAAGAAACCUGUAAUUCCAGAACCCACAUACAACAACUUUCAACAGAAUAUUUAUCCAUUGGAAACUGAAGAAUAUACACAGGUUAAAUACCCAGAUAUGCAGGAGAAAACCUAUCAAUUAAUUCAGGAGCCAAAGUUUCCAGAAACACACGAAAAAAAUUCUGCAUCGUCUCAGGAGAUGAAAUAUCCUUGUUUCUUAGAGAGAAGCUAUCCAACAAUUGUUCCCUGUACACAGGAUAAAAGUUACACAGCAGUCCAGGACAUCAAGUAUCCUGGUGUGACCCAGGACCUAACUGUUCAGGACGUUGGUAUACAAGAAAACUGUGAGAAACCACAAAUAAGUUUUAUUAAUACUGUCUCAAGUAUCCAACAGAAUCCAACACCACCAAGUGGUAAGAUAAUUUGGAAUUUUUCUUUUUAA